AUGUUGUCGGAGGGCUUCAUCACAGCAAUUCGCGCCGAGCGCAAAUCGGCCAAUACAGCCAUUGCGAAGGAUGUGGGCAUAUACGUCCAUGAGCUCCAUCCAUCACACGUAGUCAAAUCCUCCUUCAAGAAGAGUUCCACUCCGGUAAACGCAUUGGCCUGUACCUCUACCCAUAUAUUCGCUGCCCAGGUUGGCAAGGCCGUGGUCCAUGUCUACUCCCGGGAACGGGGGAACCAAGAAGCAUUGAUCUCCUUUCCGGAACGGGUACAUAGCUUAGCACUCGUUGGAGAGAACGUCUUGGUGGUCGGGACGGGUGAAGGAAGGAUCAUACUCUGGGAGGUAUGCACCGGCCGCCUAAUAUCGACUCCUCCUGCACAUCUGCAGCUAGUAGCAUGCAUCGCAGCAACACCAUCCCAUAUAAUCACAGGCUCAGAAGACUCCAAUAUACAUGUGUGGUCCGUUCCCCGACUACUAUCGUUGGAGUCGACCGAGACACACGAGCCUCUUCGAAGUCUUUCAAACCACCGGGCUGCCAUCACGUCCCUUGCCGUAGGCACAAGCACAAGCCCUACAAACAUAUGUGUUUCGGCGAGCAAGGAUAAUACCAUCAUUGUCUGGAACUACCAUUCGGGAGAUCUCCUUCGGACAUUUUUGCUUCCGUCAACGCCACUCUGUCUGGCGCUUGAUCCCUGCCACCGGGCAGUAUACGCUGGGUUCGAGGAUGGGUCGUUGCAGCUCAUCGAAUUCAUACAGCCCCAAUCUAUCGUGAACCCCCUUUAUGAUACGAGUUUACAGACGACGCCGGUACAAAUCACACUUCCUCCUUGGAUAGCGCCAUUUGAAGCUAGUGCAACUCUCUGUCUUGGUCUUAGCUAUGACGGAACAUCUCUGUACUCUGGGCACACGUCUGGCAAGAUUGCCCAGUGGGACACAGGCCGACGUGCAUUUGCAUCUGAGCUCUUGGACUUAAAUGCUCCUGUGACUAAUCUCCUAAUGUUAUCGCCAUUUGCUCCUAAGCUGAUGAGCCGGGCCAUUACCGUUGUAAAGCCCAAGCUCGGUGAGACCCAAUAUACUUUCACUGCGCAAUUAUGCGGCCGCAUGUCGACCGAUGAGUUUGAUCGGACGAUGCAAAGCCAAGGGUUUCCAGAGGACAAGCUCAGUGAUGCGAUAUCCAGAUUUUAUCAGCCUGUCGCUGCAGCUGCAGCUGCGUCUUCAAGUGGAGAUGAAGAUCUGCGGAAGCAGAAUGAAGAACUUUGGAAAGUUGUGCAUGAGCAGCAAGCACUGCAGAAGAAAACGUUAGAAAAAUACGCAGGGCUGAAAUCCGGCUGA